AUGGAAAUAGAACACCAAAGCCAUGAAGAAAUCAAACACUCCAACAACAGCGACAAUAUUGUUAUGGAAACCCACAGAGCACUCAAAAUGAGGAGACUUUUCCUCCUCUUCAUCAACAUUCUCUUCGUCCUCAUUGGUGGCACCGGCGGCCCCCUCUUGAUCCGCUCCUACUUCCGACAUGGCGGCAGCCGCAAGUGGUUCUCCGGCUUCGUCCAAACCGCCGGCUUCCCCUUCCUGCUCAUCCCCAUCCUCUUCUCCUUCCUUCGUCGUCGGCAUACCAACUCUCGCCUCUUCUUGCUCACACCUUCUCUCCUUUUCCAUUGCAUCGUUAUUGGCCUAAUCACCGGACUUGACGACUACCUCUACUCCUACGGCGUCUCCUUUCUUCCGAUCUCCACCGCCUCCCUCAUUAUCUCAAUGCAGCUCGGCUUCACAGCCAUAUUUGCUGUUUUCAUGGUGAAACAAAAAACUAAUUCUUAUACAGUAAACGCGGUGGUUCUGCUAAUGUUUGGAUCAAUGGUUCUCGCUGUGCAUGCGAAUGCUGAUUUGCCGAAUGGGGAAUCAAAGGCCAAGUACUAUAUUGGGUUUGUAUUAACAGUUGGUGCAGCAAUUAUAUAUGGGAUGGUGUUGCCAUUUGUGGAGCUUAUCUAUAAACAUGCAAAACAGGAGGUGACUUAUGCGCUUGUUUUGCAAAUGCAAUUUAUUAUUGGGUUUUCUGCAACGGUUGUUUGUGCUAUUGGGAUGGCUCUCAACCAAGAUUUUCAUGCAAUCUCAAGAGAGAGUAAGCAUUAUGGGCUUGGUGUGUCAAAGUACUACCUUGUUGUUUUCUUCACCUCUGUUGCAGGUCAAUUCUACUUCUUAGGCAUAGUGGGAACUAUUAAAUACUCUUCAGCUUUGCUCGGUGGCAUAAUUGGCGCCGUCUGUAUCCCCAUUACACAGAUUCUUGCGGUCUUCUUUGUCCAUGAGAAGUUUGAUGGUGAGAAAGGAAUAGCCCUUGCGCUUUCUCUUUGGGGCACAACAUUUUACUUCUAUGGCAAGUAUAAAGAACAUGAUAAGAGCAAAGCUUCCCCAAGAGAGUCUCAACUUCUUCCUGGGGGGGGGGGGCGUUGA